AUGACGGCAACGGACCAGAAUGCUCUCGCAUUGGCUCCAAGGGGCUCCUCGUCCCACCUCAACAGACCAGCGAGACAGGUCGUCCCUGCAUUCCUCCAGAAGCUAUACGAAAUGGUCAACGAUCCGUCAGACCAGGAUCUCAUUCGGUGGUCAGAUUCGGGGGACACAUUCUUCGUACUCGACCAAGAGCGCUUCGCGAGCGAGGUCCUCGGUCGCUGGUUCAAGCACAAGAACUUCUCGUCCUUCGUCCGCCAGCUUAACAUGUACGGCUUCCACAAGAUCCCCCACCUCCAGCAGGGCGUCCUCCGCUCCGACCAGGAAGCCGACUUUUGGAACUUUGAGCACCCAAACUUUAUCCGUGGCCAGCCCGACCUCCUCUGCCUUAUCCAGCGCAAGAAGCAGACUGCAGCCGGCGCCCCUCCCAACAUAGGCGCUGGCGGUACACAGGAUGACGGAACGCAACAGCAAGCCGCGAUAGCCCCUGUGCUCGACGUGAACCAGAUUGUGAACGGCAUCGCGGCUAUCAAGCGGCACCAAGCCACCAUCUCGACCGAUCUCAACACGCUACGUACGUCGAACCAGGAGCUCUGGCGUGAGGCCAUGGCUGCGAGAGAAAGGCACAAGAAGCACCAGGAUACGAUUAACAAGAUUCUCAAGUUCCUCGCGAGUGUGUUCGGGCAUGGCGCGGCGAGCCAUCAUAAUCAUGGCUCAGCGCCGCUGAGCAAGGGAGAUAACAGGGACAGAGAGCCCAACGCGGGUGCGGUGGUGUCGAGGUCGAAGGCUGGGAUGUUGAUGAUCGAUGAUGGACGCAAGAAGGCGGGACAGGACGAGGCAAAUGGUGAGUCUGAGUGA